ACGAAUUAGGGUUUUUUCAUUUUCUCUGCUCCUCUCGCUCUUCCGAACCCUAGUAGAGGAAACUCUGAGAGAGAGACACACACAGAGAAAACAAUGGCGGAGACUCUGGUUCUCAAGGGAACAAUGAAGGGUCACUCCGACAUGGUGACCGCCAUCGCCACUCCUAUCGAUAAUUCUGACAUGAUCGUUUCUUCUUCCCGUGACAAGUCCGUCCUUGUCUGGCAUCUUACCAAGGAAGAGGGAACAUACGGUGUCCCCCGCCGCCGUCUCACCGGUCAUUCUCACUUCGUGCAGGAUGUCGUGCUCUCCUCCGACGGUCAGUUCGCUCUCUCCGGCUCUUGGGACAGCGAGCUCCGUCUCUGGGACCUUAAUACCGGCGUUACCACUCGCCGCUUCGUUGGUCACACCAAGGAUGUCCUCUCCGUUGCCUUCUCUAUCGACAAUCGCCAGAUCGUCUCUGCUUCUCGGGACCGCACUAUCAAGCUUUGGAAUACACUUGGAGAAUGCAAGUACACAAUUCAGGAUGCUGACAGCCACACCAACUGGGUGAGCUGCGUCAGGUUCAGCCCCAAUACAUUCCAACCCACUAUUGUCUCUGGAUCUUGGGAUCGGACCGUGAAGGUUUGGAACCUUACCAAUUGCAAAUUGCGCUGCACGUUGACCGGUCACGGAGGUUACGUGAACACUGUUGCAGUUUCGCCCGAUGGCUCUCUUUGUGCCAGUGGUGGCAAAGACGGUGUGACUCUGCUUUGGGACUUGGCAGAAGGAAAGAGGCUUUACUCGCUUGAUGCAGGGGCUAUUAUUCAUUCUCUGUGUUUCAGCCCGAACAGGUAUUGGCUCUGUGCGGCUACACAGGAUAGUGUUAAGAUUUGGGAUCUGGAGAGCAAGAGCAUUGUUCAGGACUUGAAGCCCGAGGCAACCCAAGGGAAGAAUCAGAUGUUGUACUGUACAAGCUUAAGUUGGAGCUCCGAUGGAAGCACACUUUUCACUGGGUACACAGAUGGUGCAAUUAGGGUUUGGGGAAUUGGUCGUUAUUAGAAGCUCCUCGUGAUAAAGCUUUUGAGAGUCGUUAUUUUUCUAGUAUUUCAAGGCAUUUUUUUUGUUUGAACAUGUAAGCAGGAUCAGUCUGUUUGAUAUUUUUUACUUUUAAGUUCAAAUUUGACUAGAUGAUGGAUGGCUUUUGGGCCUUCCUUUUUUGGUUUUAAUUUUAAGAAAUAUCUUUUUUUAAGUUACCUCCUGUUACUGCUAUAAUAUAAUCUAAUGGGGUUUUUAAAGAA